UGUAUCCCAAUUUGGGUAUUUCAUUAUUAAACGUGUAUGUGCUAUAAAGUUAUAGCACUCGAUAUGUCAAAUAUCGUCGAAUAAACAGCUCGGCGUUUGUCGGCCUCUUUCGUUAUCCAGACAUCAAACGUGUUGGACGUAAUUUGAAGACCAGCUCCGAAAUACCAAGUGAUUCAACUCCGGUACAUAUAGUUUUCCUUCUUGAUAGAUUUCUUGUCCGCUUCGGUUUCGUUUCCUUUCAAAGCCUUUCACGGUCAUAUCAUUUGGCGACGAGGAUGGGAUUAGCAGAAGAAUUCGCGUGUGAAAAGUGAGUUUUGUCGGUGUGAAAUUCCCGGAUAACAUUUGCCUCGGGCGGAGGCGCGAUUCUUUGCCAUACGAACAAGCAAAAAGAAAAGGAAAAUUUGCCUCGGGUGGAGGCGCCAUUCUGUACGGCAACAGUAACUAAAGGUCGGUGCUGAACGGGAUCGUUUCCCCGACGGCGACUGUCCGGCGAAUCGGCAUCGGUAAGAGAAGGUUUAGAAGCCCGUUUUGGCAGCUGUUUGACCGUUCCGUAUCCGUUGCGCUGACGGUUUUAGCAAUCCGAUCGCGGUAGGCGAUUACGUUCCUAUUCGAGAGCAGCUGAAUAAUUCGUUCCGUGUGGAACUGCUCCGUGUGGCGGUGGACUGUUGCUGACUGGCCGUUACGAUUGCGACAACAAUAUCGGCGACGAGCAGCCGGAGGACCAGACGAUUUUUCCUUCCUCUUUUUGGAGUGUGUAUCCGUCGAAGGGUCUGGUAGCGUUGCCACGCUUCGGUAACAAGUUCAUUCAUAAUCGAAACGAUGUCUUACGUAGCUCCGAAUAUUGAUCCGUACCGCAAAGGACAAUCAUUUGCUUCCUGGUUUACGCGCCUAGGAUACCAUUUUCGCGUUAACAAAGUAGCGGAAGCAGACAGGAAGGAUCAAAUGUUUCUCUUAGGAGGCGAUUUUCUUUUCGAAGUAGCUCAGAGCUUGUACCUGAAUGAACAGUUGCUGGAUGCUGCACCCUUUGACGAAUUGAUCGCGAAGUUGAAGCAAAAGCUGGACAAAACGGAUUCUGCUUUGAUCCAGCGUUUCAAAUUCGGGUCCCGGGUACAGCAACCUGGUGAAACAGCUAGUGACUUCCUGUUCUCGCUAAAACUUCAGGCGGAGUAUUGCAAUUUCAAAGAUGACAAGCAGGACCGCAUACUGGAUCGAAUUUUGAUAGGCUUGUCGGAUGACAAUUUAAGGCAGAAGCUAUUGUCAGAGGAUAGUGAGAAGUUGAAUCUGACUCAGGUCGAGAGGAUUGUGACAACAUGGGAAAUGGCUACUUCCAAUGCGAGGGUUUUGACACAGGACAGUUCUACAGGACAAAUUGCCUCUAUAGUUGGAGGGCGAGGAGCACUCUUGCAGCGUAUUAAGGAUCUAGCUCAGGGUCGUGGACCAGUCAAAAGUCGGUUAGGUUUCAAUCCCCCGUCCGUUUCUCCUGCAAGAGGUAUUCAGCGCAGCGCCACAUCCCACAGGUACGAUGAUCGUAGAAACCAUUCUUCGCAAUCCAGGCAGUCUAGACAGGGGGCGGUUCCAGGAGCAACGGAAAGAUACCAGGAUGCUGAUAUUCGACCGGCGGAGUCCAAGAAUGAUAAGCGGAUUGUCAUCGAUCAAAGAGUGUGCCAUUAUUGUGGAGUGCGUGGACACGUCAAAAGGAAAUGUUUCAAACUGAAACAAUAUAAGAGAGACCCAGUCAAUCACGUCAACAUGGAGGAGCCCGGUACAAGCACGGAUUAUAAAUUGUCCAGUAUGAUGAAUCGUAUGUCAUGGGACGACAAAAGUGAUGAUUCAGAUAAAGAUUACAAUUGGAAACGGACUUACGACCACGGCGCACCGAAGUCAAGUUAAGAUCAUCGACGAUGCGGGCAGUCGGAUGCGACGAAGGAUGGUGGUGCAUGUCGAUCGAACUGUCGAUAACCCUGGUCCAUCACCACCACCUCUGCAAGAAACCAUCCACGGAGAAGAGCCGGGCGAGGAGCCUUUCCGGGGUUUUCCGGAGUGCGAGUUGCGCGGUAUCGAAUCUCAAGUGGUUGAGCCGAAUCGAAAACGGAAGUCCGAUGCAAAUUUGGCGCUCGAUGGCCUGCCGAGACGUUCGAAGAGAACUCGAAGA